AUAUCACUUAGAUCUAAUAGCGAACGUUUCAACACACUUGCAGACGAGCGUGAUGAAGUCUAACGCGAGUAACGUAGGAGAAAUGGAAGAUUUUCUUAUGAAUGUGGAAUUUCAGUGGAUUGAUGAAAUGAAGCGGUCGAUAGCGUUAGUAAAUUGGACCUAUAUUCCGUGCUUUGUCAUCGUCAUGCUGGGGCUCCUUGGAAAUUUACUAACAAUCUGUAAAAUCGUUUUGGAUAAAUCAUUACACACACCAACAUAUACGGCAAUUGGAUUCCUAGCUUUCUCCGAUAUCAUGAGCCUCAUAUUUUCCGCAUUAAGCUGGUUCACGAAUAUACGGACAUAUUUAAUUGCAACUCAUUACCAUGAUCAGACAUUUUUGAACACACAGGACAUGUUCUAUAUAUUGGAGCUGAUGGUUUACCACGUCUCACUGUGUCAGAUUAUCCUCUUAGUCGUAUUACGAUUUGGAUUAACAGUGAAUCCCAUCGAAUGCAAGAUCCAUGCUUCAACUUCAUUAAUACUGAUUGCGUCCGCUGCGAUUUGGAUAUACAAUGCUUGCGUGUGGUUUACAUUUCGAGUUGUUUUCAAAACUCUUGUCCGCGAAAACCGAAACCAAUUCUUGAAAUGGGCAGCAAUUGUUGAAGUGGCUGUUCGCUGUCUUGCCAUGCUUGUUACUCUAUCUAUCAUGGCUAUUCUGCAUUAUCUAAAAAUGAGAGCCAUAAAGACAUCCUCUGUGAAAUGCAAUGUUAAACGACGAAUGAACCAAAUUGUGGCCAUUAUCGUAGUUAUCUUGGCAUUUUACGGCAUUUCGUAUUUACUAGCAACUAUUGUAAUGUUUGUGUCUGAUAGAACAGUUACAGCUUAUUUCAGUACUUUCCAUCAAAUUAUAGGCUUUGUGCACUUUUCUAGCAACCCGUUUGUCUAUUUUAUAUUUGCUUUUGUUUGUAAGAAAAAGUCGUAGUUAUAUGAUAACAGAAUAAGAUGUAGUUCUGAUUUUGUUUAGUCCCACUGAAUUAGAACACCUAUAACUCAUUUGUUAAAAAAAUUGGUUAAAUUGUAGAACUCUAUCUAAACAAGUGGGUAGUAGUGUUGUUAAAAAUGCAUCAUGUACAAAACCACUUGAAAAUUCUCAAGUGCAUUUGGUGUUAACGACUUUUUCAAUAUUUUUGCCUUUUUAUGUAGAAUUUUCCGGUAAAGAUGGAUCACCCUUUCUGUUUCAGAAUUCCUAUCGGCCACUCUAGGUACAACACAAAUAAACCCGUAACGUUUCUCAGUUGUAUGAGAAAGAUUUUCGCCACUGGUAGUAUUUAUAUGAAUGUUUUUAACAGUUUUGUAGACGAAAUGGAACUUUGAAGUGAAAUACUAAUAGGAUGUAGGAAAGAGUAUUGUACCACUGAUAAUUAGUUUAUUAUUGACCUUUAGAGUAAAUAUACUCUAAAUAACAAAAAGAAAUUGUACUGUGCAUUUACAGAUUUCAAGCAAGCAUUCGAUACUGUUUGGAGAGAUACGCUUUGGACCAAUAUUUUGAAGAGCGGUAUAAAUGGUAUUUGCUGUACCGUUAGAAGCGAUAUAAAAACACGAAGAGGAUCUUAGCGAAUGAUGCAUUUUACAUGGGAGAUUUUUUUAAUGUGUUUUCUCUAAACUUCCUCGAUAUACAUCUUGUAGCACUUGCAAGUUUUUUGAGGGUCAUCCGCUGAUUUCAAAAUGAUUUAGUUUAAGUUCCGCUGCAAUUGUAAUCGGAUACAUCUAAUAUAGAAAUCUAAAAAGGACAUUUCAUACAUUCAUAAUAUUUUUUUAAUUCUCUUAAGUCCAUCUGCAUAAAUGACAGAAUUGUUAAUGUGUUUUUCAAAGUGAGUAUUCAAAAUGAAUGGUUUCUUAAUAUUGUUUUUUAAUAAAACAUUUCAAAUCACAA